CAGGAGCAGCUCCCAGAAACUUCACCAAAGCUCACUCAGUCCAGCAUCAGCGCACACAGACUGUCUACCUGAAGAGGAAGAGGAUGGACGCUGCGUACAAGAGAGUCAACGGAAACCACGGCCCUGAGACAGAGGCAGACAACCAAGGCACAGGGAAGAGAAGGGGCUCCAUGUACCUGGAGGAGGAGACCAACAAGAAGUCAGAGGUGAUCUCCUGCAUCUUCUCCCUGAAAGAGGAGGUCGGAGCUUUAGCCAGGGCCCUGCGGCUCUUUGAGGAGAAGGGCAUCAACCUGAUGCACAUCGAGUCCCGUCCGUCACGGAUGAACAAAGACCAGUACGAGUUCUUCAUCAGUGUGGACUCCACCUGCUCCCAGGCCUUGGAUGAUGUCAUCGACGGCCUGCGUACACAAAUCAGCGGCCACGUGCAUGAGCUGUCACGCAACAAACAGAAGGAUACAGUGCCAUGGUUCCCUAAUGACAUCCAGGACUUGGACCGCUUUGCCAACCAGAUCCUUAGUUAUGGCUCUGAGCUGGAUGCAGAUCACCCGGGCUUCACAGAUCCAGUGUACAGAGCCCGCAGGAAGGAGUUUGCUGACAUCGCCUACAACUACAGACAUGGCCAAACCAUUCCUAGAGUGGAGUACACGGAGGAGGAGAGGGCCACAUGGGGAACAGUGUUCAGGGAGCUGAAGACUUUGUACCCGACUCACGCUUGCCGCGAGCACAACCGGGUCUUCCCCCUGCUGGAGAAAUACUGCGGCUACAGGCCGGACAACAUCCCACAGUUGGAGGAUGUCUCCCGCUUCCUGCAGUCGUGCACAGGUUUCCGGCUUCGCCCGGUGGCCGGCCUGCUCUCGUCCCGGGACUUCCUGGCUGGACUCGCCUUCCGUGUCUUCCAUUCCACUCAGUACAUCCGCCACAGCUCCAAGCCCACAUACACACCUGAGCCGGAUAUCUGCCAUGAGCUCCUGGGACACGUUCCUCUGUUUGCUGACCCGAGUUUUGCCCAGUUCUCUCAGGAAAUUGGACUUGCUUCCCUUGGUGCUCCUGAUGAGUUCAUUGAGAAACUUGCCACUGUGUACUGGUUCACUGUGGAGUUUGGCCUGUGUAAGCAGGGCUCAGAGAUCAAAGCCUACGGAGCUGGCUUGCUUUCAUCGUUUGGAGAGCUGCAGUACUGCUUGACAGAUAAGCCCAAACUCCUGCCCUUUGACCCCGACAAGACCAGCCUCCAGAAAUACCCGAUCACAGAGUAUCAGCCUGUUUACUUUAUUGCUGAGAGCUUUGAAGAUGGCAAAGAGAAAGUGAGGAAAUUUGCAGCCACCAUCCCCAGGCCUUUCACGGUGCGCUACAACCCCUACACCCAGAGCAUUGAAGUGCUGGACAACACCCAGCAGCUCAAGAACCUGGCUGACAGCAUCGGGAGUGAAAUGGGGAAACUGUGUGAAGCCCUGCGGAAACUGGCGUAACUGCACAUGUAAUCUGAGCUGAAGCAUCCUGACAAUCAUUUCUCUUUCUCAUUGAAACAGUUGUUCAUUUAUUAGACUGCUGGCUUCGUACGGUUAUGCUUAGCAUGUUUGCAAAUUAGCUUUCUUUGUAUUAAAACAAAUAUGCAAAUCACAUAGUCAUAAUUUUACUGUUAUCCAAUUAGAAACGUUCUCUGUGUAUUUUAGUUAAGUGAAUGAAGUGUAGCCUGUUACUUAUGGAGAAUAUAAGGAAUGUGUCUGUAACAGCUAAAAUGUUGCUGUCAACAUUAUUGCAGUAUAAAUGUAUACAUUUUUCAAAAUAAGAGUGUUUUCAAUCAACAUUUCCUCAGUAAUUUUAAUGAAUUUAAAACCAUAUAUGUAAAAACAUAUAAUUUUGCUUAUAAUACAAAAGAUUUGCAAUAAUCUGAUUUCUUCAAUGCAUUACAGACCUAAAGGCAAAGCUUUCACUUUGCUUGGCUAAAUUAAAUGUUUUGUAUACGCAUGAAAUGUUUUAAUGAAAUAAAUAAAUGUUUCUCCUCUUGG